AUGGUUGUGCCUGGCCGCCUAAUUGGAUGGAUAAUUUCUUCUUGUGCUUCAACAAUAAGAAAAGAUCAGAAGAUUGUGAAGGAUGACGGAAAAGAUGACUCAAACAAGGAAUUGGAAGAUCUACGCUUACAAAAUGAGGAACUUCGAAUCCAAUUGACGAAAAUGCAGAUCAAGUUCUCUGAUUUUGGUAAGCAGAUGCACUCCCAGUUUGAAGCAUUAUCCACAGCUCUGAUCGGAAAAAUAGAGGCCUUGAAUUCUAAGAAUCCACCACAAUCGGAGCCGUCUACUUCAACAAAUCCCAUGGGAAGUGUAUUGGGAUCUGGAUCCAAUGAUGUUGUGACCCAGUCGCCAAUAAGCAACCAGAACAUGUUCCAGAAGUCAUCACGGUGGAGCAGUCGCCGGCCGAUUCUGCCGGAAUAA